GUUCCAUUCACAACAUCCAACCAUUCCAAAAUUUUCUAUACAUUUUUUUCUUUUUCUUAACUAUAAUGCCUCGUUCUACUGGAUAUUCUAACGAAGAAGAUAAGUUUUUAUGUCAAGUUUAUAUGGAUAUUUCUCAAGAUCCAAUCAUCGGUGUUUACCAAUCCUCUGACCAUUUUUGGGAUCGCGUGGCAGAAUCUUUCGAAAAUAGAAAAAAUCCAACUUGGAGUAAACGUUCAAAAAAAUCUCUCCAGUGUCGAUUACAAACUAUUGAGAAAGCUAGCAAAAAAUUACAUGCAUGCAUCAAACUAUGUGAAAAUCGACGUUCUAGUGUUCAAUCAAGCAAAAGAAAUGCUAAUGCAAGAUAAACAUUUCAAAUCUGGUUGGAAAUUUGAUCAUGUAUGGAACAUUAUUAGAAACUUUGAAAAGUUUAAAGAUGGUGCUACUCAAGCUAAAAAAGUCUUAAAUCUAUGCGGAUUAGAAAAUCCUACCCUCGAUUCUGUUUCACAAGCGUCUUCAGGUUCGUUUUCAUUUUCUCUUAACUUAGAUGAUGAAGAUGACAUUAUUGGAAGAUCUCCAUAUCAACGACCAAUUAGAGUGAAAAAGUCAAAAUUGAAAAGAAAAAAUGAUCAAAUAUUGGAUGUUAUCAAGACUUUCGAAGAAGGGAAUAAACAACUCAUGGAGCAAUUAAAGAAGACAAGUGCACAAAGACAACAAUAUUUGGAGAUGCAAAGUAAGAGUUUAGCAUUGAGAGAACAAAAAGAAGAAAACAAAGUUUUAUAUCGAAACUUAAAUUCCAUAGAAGAUCCAAAUCUCCGUGCAUAUCUUCAAUCUGAACAAGCAAAAAUCUUAAGAAAAAGACUUGAUCAACAAGCUGCAUCGACAUCUACUUCCUUUGUUUAAUAUUUUAAUAAUUUUAGUGGAUCUCGAAGAAACCUACCGGAUUAUUAAAUUACUAGAUUAUGGUGUUUAAGAACAAAUUUAAUCUUGUUUAUAUACUUU